GUUAUUGCAAAGCUGAUUGAGAUGGGAUUUGAAAAUUCAGCUGUUGUAGAAGCUGUAGAAGCAGUUGGCCCAUUGUUUGACGAAGCCAUUGAGUAUGUUUUGAAUGGUUCCAAUAGAAAUUGUAACGGCGUAUCUAAUACUAGUAGUAGUUCGCAUUGUUUCAAAAACAAUGGGAAUGGGAAGACUCAGGGCAAAAGAGGUUUAGGACAGUCUAGCAUAUUGGAUCAUUUUCAAUCUAGGCAAAAAAGAAGUCAAAGUGAUGUUGUAUCUGAUGGACUGGUUUCUAGGGCUGGGUCGGUAGUGUUGCCUGGUGUUGUUGGAUAACAUAAGGGGGCUUGUCUUGAUGUGGGGUGUAAUGGGAAGAUGGAGGUUGAGUCGUUGCCAGUUUUGUCUAAACAAGAGGCGAAGAUUGGGUCAGAUUGGGAGGUGAAAGUGAAUAGUCUGUUACAAAAGCAGUUUGGUUAUUCAUCAUUGAAGAAGUUUCAGAAGGAAGCGCUGGCGGCUUGGUUAGAUCAUCAAGACUGUUUAGUUCUUGCUGCAACAGGAUCUGGGAAAUCUUUGUGCUUCCAGAUUCCGGCUUUGUUAACGGGAAAGGUUGUGGUUGUGAUUUCACCCUUGAUAAGCUUGAUGCAUGAUCAGUGCUCAAAGCUGUCAAAACAUGAGGUAUCUGCUUGCUUUCUUGGAUCCGGGCAACCUGACAGCAGCGUCGAGCAGAAAGCAAUGAGAGGAAUGUACAAUAUAAUAUAUGUUUGCCCAGAGACUGUGUUAAGACUGAUAAAACCACUUCAGAGGCUUGCUGAAAAUCGUGGAAUUGCAUUAUUUGCGAUUGAUGAAGUCCAUUGUGUUUCUAAGUGGGGCCAUGAUUUUAGGCCUGACUACAGGUUCUAUUCUCCAUUCCAACCACAUGGCUAUUUCUACAGUCUUUGCUACAAUCUACUUUACAUUUACUUCAGUGGUCGGAUUUUUGCAAGAUUUGUCUAUAGUUGCACAAUUAUUUUGAAUGAAUUUAUGAACAGCUCUAAAUGACUAU